UUUACGGAAGUGUUGCCUCUGUUGAUUUAGGUCGCAGCAGACUGAAUCAUUUCUCUGGUGGAUUUUGUGUAUACUGGCAGGGUAACGCUAUAAAAUUACCUGCACUAUCACCUUCAUUACAGCACUGUAGUUCUGCUUAAGAUUAAAUUAACUAAUAUUUACCGGAAAGCUGAACGUCACCAUGCAAACCUAAGCUCGUACUGAAAUUGCAGGACCUACUCCGAUUUUCAAUUCACCUCCUCUCGGACAUGAUUCUGUGACUUCCAGUGGAAAUCAUAUGACACCUGUGUUGUCGAGUUAUCUUUAAUUAACGUUACAUUAGCGUGUUAACUAGCCAUACCAGCGUUAGCAUAGCACCAUGGGAGCCGAACAGAGUGGAGACUCGGAGCACAAACACUCAGAUUACAGCUCAUCUGUGGUGCCAUCUCCAGCAAAGCAAAAGGCGAAGAUGGAUGAUAUCGUCGUUGUUGCACAGGGGACCCAGUCGAUGAGAAAUAUCCACAGUGAUCCUGAUGUCAUAAAGCUUCAAGAAAUACCCACAUUUCAACCGCUGUUAAAAGGAGUGCUGAGUGGCCAGACGUCACCCAGCAGUGUGUGUCUGGAAAGGCUGGAUGCUGCUCAGGUGAUGCAGCUGUGUGUGCGAUACCAGGACCACCUUCACCAAUGUGCCGAGGCCGUGGCCUUCGACCAAAACGCCCUGGUCAAGAGGAUCAAAGAGAUGGACCUGUCUGUGGAAACGUUGUUCAGCAUCAUGCAGGAGCGCCAGAAACGCUACGCCAAGUACGCCGAGCAGAUCCAGAAGGUCAACGAGAUGUCGAUGAUCCUGAGACGCAUCCAGAUGGGCAUCGACCAGACGGUGCCGCUGAUGGAGCGACUCAACAACAUGUUGCCUGAGAGCGAGCGCCUGGAGCCCUUCAGCAUGAGGCCUGAUGGGGAAUCUGCCACCAAGUAGCCCCCUUAAAGACACCACCAGUCCUCUGUCCAGGAGAGAGUGCAGGUCUGUCUAGCUGUAGGGAUACUUUUAAACCAUUUAAGUUUUUUGUUUUCAUAGAAGGGGCGGAGCUAAGAUGUGAAAGUGCCACAAUAUGUCUCCAGGUCAUCUAAUCUUUAAUUCUUAAGCAACUGUGGGGAACUUUAAUUUAGCGUCGAUCAUGGCGACCCCUGUGGAAAAAACAUUACGUUUUAUCUAUAUCUGUCCUUGUCCUAAACAUGCACGUUUAGUUAAUCUUAAUUAAAUCUGCUCCAGCUUGUAAACAAAGCAUCUUUCUGUCUGUAAAUCACUUUGAUGGAAUCAGAUUCAGCUGAAGGAUGGCAGGCAUUGAAAUGAACUGAGUAGAAAAAGUUAGUGUCUCUUUGCUGACGAUGUAUUAGGCCUGUUUCAUACCAAUUUAAAAAUCCCUCACAGUUAAUUUAAUGCUGGAAUUUUUGAAAACACACAUGCUCUUAAUCGGCAACAACCUGUUUCUUAUUGCACUUCUACUCACCAUUAUAUUCAUACCAGAGUUUAACAACUGAACCUCUCUUUUGGAACAGUUGUUGAUAUUAAAUAUAGCCAUACUGCAGAUGGCUUGGAGAUUAUGAUUUAUCCCUUACCUUUAAGGAUUCAAAAAGUCAAUCUUUCAAAUAUAGGCCAUGUUUACUGAUGUAAAGGCGUGGCAGGAACACUUCUGAUUGAGUCGUCAAGAACUCUAUAUGCUCAGAACUUUGUCAUGCAGGUGUGAUGCAACUCUCCAAGACCCAAAUGGUUUCAGUGACAUAAAAGCAUCUCAGAAAUCCUCCUGCUGAUUUGCAGGGAGAUUUGCGUCCAAGAACUCAUGGAAUAAUUUUGGGUCUUCCGCUUCACUUCACAUUUUUUUUAUGUGAUCUUGAUAUUCAUCUUGCUCCCACCACUACCACACCAUCUGCCUUGGAUUUUUAUUUUUCUGAAAAGAUUUCGUGCAUCAUUUUUGAAAAAGGCUUUGAAGAGACUCAAGGAGAGAACCAGGACGGUUUAUUGCCAUUGGAUUGCAAAAGAAGAAUGGAUUAUCUGCAAAAUGAGAAACGUCUUUUUGGACACAGGAUGGUCUUGAUAAACUCAUGAACUUGAACUUUAUUUUUGUGAUGAGAGGAUUUAAUUUAUUUGGAUACUUCAGCUCUAAUGUUUGUGUCAAACCUAUUUGCAUGCAGAAUAGUCAACACUUCACUGUGCCAUCAGUAUGUCACAGAAGAUUGAUGCACAGGAGGACAUUUGCCAAGUUGCCACACCUUCAGAUCACAUAACUGCAACUUCAGCAUUAACUUAUGUUUAUUGGCUUGUUAAAGAGAUAGCCAAACAUCUCAUAUACCAAAGAUUCACAAACUGUUGGUUAAUAACUCUCACCUUAGAAACAGAUGGUCAUGUUUUGUCUCUUGUUUCUGUGUCACAAGUUAUGGUAUUGGGAUUAAAGGGUCAUUCCACCCAAAUAUUAAAAAAACAUUCAUCUCUUUACCUCUUAUACAUUUAGUUUUGUUUUACUGGUUUAUUUCUUUGGAGAUCGGUCACUAACAUUUCCAACACAACCGACAGAGUAGACCAGGGUCUCAAAUUAAUUUUUGUUUUCAUCCAGCAUCAAGUGAUCACUAGCAGACAGUAGAAAAAUAUCUUGUAAUUUAAAAAAAAACCAUAGUUUAUAAAAAUCAUGUUUAUAUAAAAAAAAACAGGCAAUGUGAAUGUGUCAUGGUUGAUGUAAAUUGCUUUCAGCAAAGAAUUAACCACAAACUUAAAUUUAUCAACAGCAUCUUUGAGUAAAAAUGUUUCUUCAGACAAUCCCCAAAACACAAUCAAUACCUUUAGUAAUCUCAACACUUAGUUAGGUAGAAAAGUAACCAACCAGGAUACAGUACGCUAAAGAUACAAUUGUCUAUUUGGAGAAAAACCUUAUUCAUGUGAGUGCUAAAAAUUGAAUUCAGCUUUUAUUGAAUAGAGUGGAAGCAGAAAUCUAAAAGGCAGGAGCCUCAAAACCCAAGCCAAUACUAAAAUAUUUGCAAUAAUGAGAAAUACCAUGAAGUUCAGCAGUACUAUGAUGAAUGAUUUCUUUUUCUUAUUUGGGUGAACAAGCUCUUAAUAAAUACUCAGUUUUCGCUCUGUUUACAGUGACAAUAAAAAGACACAAAAAAUGA